AGGCGGUCUCGUCAGCUGGAGUGGCUCCGGGUAGAAACGCGAGAGACGUUGGCGAGAAUCAUACAAAUAUCUUUUCAAAAUGCUCGGCUUGGCAAGGACAGCAGCAAGGAACCUCACCCAUAGAUGGUUCAGCACCAACACUUCCCUCCAAGCGCCAACAGUCGCCGUAGUGUUGUCUGGGUCAGGUGUGUACGAUGGUUCAGAAGUCCACGAAGCUUCAGCUGCGUUGGUGUCUUUGACCCGUGCUGGAGCUGAUGUCGUAUGUUAUGCCCCAGAUGCUCCUCAGAUGCAUGUUAUUGAUCACUCCAAGGGUGCACCUUCUGAGAACGAAACCCGCAAUGUGCUAGCUGAAUCUGCCCGUAUUUCAAGAGGAAAUAUGAAGCCCAUUACUGAACUGACAAGUGGAGUUGCUGAUGCUGUGAUUUUCCCAGGUGGAUUUGGAGCUGCUAAGAAUUUGUCAGAUUUUGCUGUUAAAGGAGGGGAUAUGACUGUGAUUCCUGAGGUGGAGCGUGUCUUGAAAGAUUUCCAUGGUGCCAAGAAGCCCAUUGGCCUUUGUUGUAUUGCUCCUAUGCUAGCUGCUAAGGUUCUUGGAGGAAGUGGAGUCACCAUCACGCUUGGGAAAUCAGAUGAUGGUUCAGGCAAGUGGCCAUAUGCAGGAUCCUUGGAAGCAGCAAAAGGCCUAGGAGCUAAUGUAAUUGAGCAGGGUGUGGAUGAAGUCACCAUUGACCAAGCAAACCAGGUCGUCACAACACCUGCUUUCAUGUAUGAGGGAAAGUUCCACGAGAUUCAUGAUGGUGUGGCCAAAAUGGUGAAUGCUGUCCUGGGUCUAGUCAAGAGUUAAUUGACAUCUGGCGCAAUCAUAGUGCAUUGGGUAGUUAUCAACCCUAUAAGGAGCAUUCAAGUAAUAUCUCCCUUGUAAUCAGAUGCAGUAAUGAUUUUAAUCUUCAUGUGAUGUCUUUUAGAAAAGAAAAAAUUCAUCUGUGAUUCAUGGCAAUAACAUGAAGUUGUGUAUUGGUUGCUGCAUUGUUGUAACUAUAUAUGUACUGAAACCCUGACAUGUAUGAAAUGUGAAAUUAAAUAGAAAAAUAAA